AUGAUUGUUACAUCAUGGAAUUGUCGGGGUCUUAAUGACGUUAACUCCCCCAAACUCCCUUAUGUUUUUUGGUUACUUCACUCCUUUGUUCCAAAUUUUUUGUUUCUUAGUGAAACUAAAGUUCCUGUCUCGGUAGUAACUAGCUUACUUUCUAGUUCUAAUCCCUCCUCGGUUUUUGGGGUUGACUCGGUUGGUAGUAGCGGAGGUUUAGUGGUUUUUGGGUAUGGAUCGGACGAUGUUUCUUGUGUUUUUUGUUGCUCCAAUGUAGUACUUUGUAAUAUUAAAAUUCCUAUUAAAAUAAGUAGGUGUGUGAUGUUUGUUUACGGUGCUCCUGUGGUAGAGGAUAGACCUCAAGCAUGGGGUUUGAUUUUAGAUUUACUUGCCAUUGCUCCUAAUUGUUUGAUAAUUGGUGAUAUCAAUCAAGUAGAGCGUAACUAUGACAGGUUGGGGGGUUCAACUGUUAUUAAGGGUUGGGAAUCCUUUAUUGAUUUUAGUUUAAAAGCUAGCUUAAUUUCAACCCCUUUCAAAGGUCCCCCCUACACCUGGACAAACAAUCGACAGGCUCAUAAACUCAUUUUACAACGACUGGAUCGCUCUUAUAUGACCUCAGAUUGGUUUCAUAACUAUCCAGACAGCCGUUUGAUUAAUCAACCGAUAUUUAUUUCUGACCAUGCGGCUAUUGUGUUUGAUGACUCUCCCUUUCACCAUGCGUCAAAUAGGCCUUAUCAAUUGGACAAUUGGUGCCUCAACUUCACCCAGGUACAUGACUUUGUUAGGGAUACAUGGCAAAGGAACACUCUGGGCUCGCCAAUGUUUAUCCUCUCGACAAAGUUAGCCAAUGUUAAGAUUCUGAUUCGGAGAUGGUGUCUCAAUAACAAGAAGUAUUGGGGUGUGGAUUGGAAGAAUUUUUCAAAAGAACUCUCAGUUGAAGGGGAAUCAAUUCGCUCGGUCCCAGAUGCGGCUCAGUAUAUGUCUAAUAUUGUUACUUCGAAGGAGAGUAUCUUCCUACAGCUUCAAUUUUGGAGACAACGUUGUAAGAAGAAUUGGAUUCUUCAGGGUGUCUGUCCCUCAAAGGUUUUGUUCUCUAAAUUUAAAAGUCGCCAGAAGAAGAAUCAUAUUACAUCUCUUCUUGAUGAACAGGGUGUUCUCCAGUUUGGUCAAACAAAGGUUCAGAAUGUUGUACUGCAUUCUCUCAAGAAUACUUUCAAAUCUGAUGCCAUCCCUUCUUAUGAUCCGGAUAUUUUGAUACGGUUCUGA